AACUUGCCGCAAACAAAGUUCCCUCAGCCAAUAGGAACCUACUACCGACCCCUGGACCAAUCAAAGUCAAACUCCAGACAACGCGGGUUCACUUUCAGCCAAUCACCAUCGGGGUGUGGGUGACGUAGUUCCGUCAGCUGUUCUUGUUUGUGCUCCAGUUUAUUUUCCUCCGGGCGGUGGAUGUCCGACCCGACCAGAGAAACGCUCCGACACCGAAUCUGAGCGUUCAUCGCCCGGCGAGAGCCUCCAGCCGGGCCCCUGUCCCUCCUCACUCCUCUGCCGCUCCACUUCCCCUCUGAGCUGGAGCCGUCCUCCGCCGCAGACAUCGAGGGAAGCGGUGAAACGGAUCCCGGGCCUCCAGUCCAGUCCGGAGGGGGGGAAAGAGGUAGCUGGGAAGCGGGAUGGAGGGCGCGGACGGAGCGGGCGAGCCGGGCCGCCGCCGCCAGUUCGGCUGCGCCUCUUUCAACCAAGACUCCACGUCACUGGCGUUGGGAACGAGGAGUGGCUACCAGCUUUUCUCUCUGACCUCGGUGGAAAAACUGGACUGCAUCCAUGAGAGCGCGAACACUGCAGACGUCUACAUCGUGGAGCGUCUGUUCUCCAGCAGUCUGGUGGUGGUGGUGAGUGCUGCCACGCCGCAGCGGAUGAACAUCUAUCACUUCAAGAAAGGCACGGAAAUUUGUAACUACAGCUACCCCAGCAGCAUCCUAUCCGUCAAGCUCAACAGACAGAGGCUGGUGGUGUUCCUCGAGGAGUCCAUUUAUGUCCACAACAUUAAAGACAUGAAACUUCUCAAGACUCUGCUGGACACGCCGUCCAACCCCUCAGGUCUCUGCGCUCUGUCCACCAAUCAGUCCAGCUCCUACCUGGCGUAUCCUGGCAGCGUCGCGUCUGGGGACAUCAUUAUACAUGACACCAACAGUUUGAGCACAGUGGCCACCAUCCCGGCCCAUGACAGUCCGCUGGCGGCGCUCGCCUUCAACGCCUCAGCCACGAAACUCGCCAGCGCCUCGGAGAAGGGGACCGUGAUCCGAGUCUUCUCCGUUCCUGACGGCGAGCGUCUAUUUGAGUUCCGCAGAGGCAUGAAGAGGUAUGUCAACAUAAGCUCCUUAUCCUUCAGUUCGGAUGCCCAGUUCCUCUGUGCCUCCAGCAACACAGAGACUGUUCACAUCUUUAAACUGGAACAACUGGGACCAAGUGCGGAGGACGAGGCGGCGACCUGGUCAGCCUACAUGGGGAAGAUGUUCUCUGCAGCCAGCAGCUACCUCCCUGCUCCGGUUUCUGGCAUGAUGAGCCAGGACCGGGCUUUCGCUACCGUUCACCUCCUCUCAUCUGGUCAGAGGAACGUUUGCACCUUAGUCACGAUCCAGAGGCUCCUGCGGCUGCUGGUGGCCACCGCAGACGGCCAGCUCUUCAUCUAUAACGUGGAUCCACAGGAUGGAGGCGAGUGCCAGUUGGCUUACAAACACAGGCUCUGUGGUGUUGAUGAUGAAACGCACGGUGGAGAGAUGAAGUCAGAGGGGGGGCAGCUCACACAGGAAACACACUCCUCUCCAUCUUAUGCAGAAACUGCUGCCUUACCAGCUUCUGGUCAUGCUACUGCCACCCUCACUGGUUACUCUGAAGACGGCGGGGCGAAACAAGGGGACGUGAUUCCUGAGCAUGAGUUUGCUGUGGGGCCGGUGUGUCUGGACGACGAGAACGAGUUCCCUCCUGUGAGCAACCAGAAGUGCUGACUAUCAGCCGUAGACUCACUGCAGCUGAUUAUCCAUUCUUGCCGCGGCGGGUCUGGAGGUGACCAGUGCUGAGUGAACAGAACAAAUCCGUUCUCUGAAUUUCAGGGAGGCAAAUAAAAAGAGGGAAACACCUGAAGGCCACGCAGCAAGGAAAACAACCCGGAGAUGUCAUUUCAUCAGAAUAAAAGCGUUUACUCUAGAAUUACCAGUUGAACCAGUGGACAGAGUUUGGGAUGCUGAAUGACCAACACGUCUGACUUUGCUGGAAACAUGAGAUGCAUGCUUGGUAGGAAAUAUAACCACAACUUUGAUUUUAUCGUGACUUGUCAAAUAUACAGUUGACAUGCGUUAUUGUAGCAGAAUUAGUUUUGCCUUAUCAUUUCAGUUUCCGUAUCACGUUCGUAUUGUUAAUAGUGUCCCUCUCAUCGAAUGCAUCCAGUGUUUGUGUAUGCCUGCUGGAGGACCUUCAGACGGCGGAUAAGUACUGUAUGUUUCGUUGUGCCUCAUAUUUUUUUGUAAAUGUAAAAUGUAUUUUACUAAUUGCACAAGACCAAAAAAAGAAGAAACUAAAUAAUAAACUAAUAGAUGACUGAAACUA